AUGCCACUCAUCAAAGACUUCACCCUCCCAGCCUCAGCUGCACACCUCGACGUGUCCGAGGCUCAUGACGCCAAAUUCAUCAUCGCUUUUAUUUCCGGCAAUGACCCCGUUACUCAUCAGCCCUGGUGUCCGGAUGUGCGUGAUGCGCUGCCGCAUCUCGAUGCUGCAUUUGCGCACUCUGACGCUCCGGCCGUUGCUGUGGUUUCUGUGGGGGAAAAGUUGGUGUGGAAAGAUCCCAAGAACGUCUACCGGACGCAAUGGAAUAUCAAUAAUAUCCCGGCGCUGGUGCGAUAUCAGCGUGUGAACGGCGAGAUUCGCGAGACUGCGCGGUUGAUCGAGGGGGAAAUUUUGGAUCAGGCGAAGAUGCAGGCGUUUCUGGCUUGA